UGUGCGCUUGCGCAUUAUCUCAGGGAAGAGAAAACAUGGAGGAGGGACCUAAAGAUCGUAACAAGGAAAAAAAAUCAGAAGAUGAUGAUCAAUUUGAAGACGACGAAGACGAUGAGGAGCCUAAGCUAAAAUAUGAGCGUGUAGGAAAUGCUAUACAAAGUAUUUUACAGCAGGAUGCUGCCAGUUGUAUGGCAGUGCACCUUAAAUUCUUGGCUCUCGGGACGCAUUGGGGUGUUGUUCAUGUUUUGGACCACCAGGGAAAUAAUAUCAGAAACAAGGAAUUCCCGUCACAUACCACCACAGUUAAUCAGAUAAGUAUCGAUAGCUAUGGUGAAUAUGUGGCAAGCUGCUCAGAGGAUGGGAGAGUUGUUAUCAAUGGCCUAUAUUGCUCUGAGAAUAACAUUCAGCUAAUGUUUGAUUGCCCGAUUCGAGCAAUUGCCUUGCACCCGGAGUAUGCGAAACGAGGAAACAGGCAGUAUCUUGUUGGAGUUGGAGAAAAAUUACUCCUUUAUGAAAAGGGAUGGUUAAGGAAUAAGAACACUGUGCUACAUUCUGGAACAGGGUAUAUAAGAACUAUGAAAUGGAAAGGGGAUUUCAUUGCUUGGGCGGACUCACAGGGUGUUGAGGUUUAUGAUAUGAACCGGAGGAUUAGAUUUGCACACAUUGACAAAGUGUCACAAAACCCCAGAGAUGAUCUUUAUCGGUGUAAUUUAUGCUGGAAAGACAGCAAUACUUUGCUUAUUGCCUGGGCAGAUUAUAUCCAGGUUGGUGUUGUGAAAGAGCGAGAUAACAAAGACCAGCAGAUUGCUUGGAGUGUUGGAAAUAAUCUUCCACCACUGUGUGUUGAGUUGACAAAUGUCUUUCAUACAGACUUCUUUGCUUGUGGGAUUGCCCCUUUUGGAAGUGAGCUGGUUGUGCUUUCGUAUUUGCCAAGCAGCAAGGCAGAUGGCAAAGGCUCUGCCAACAGGCCACAGUUGUUGAUCUUGAGCCCGCAAGCAUACUAUACAUACUUUGAGUCCUCUAGUGAUGCCUUAUCUAUCAGAGGGUUUGAGGAAUACCAAUCUAACAAUUAUUUUCUUGAGAAUGUUCAAGAAGAAAGUUUGUUUUACAUUGUUAGCCCAAAAGACAUUGUGCUAGCAAAGCCGAGGGAUAUGGAUGACCAUAUAUCUUGGUUGAUGGAGAGAGAUAUGUUUGAGGAAGCCUUGGCAGAUGCAUUAAAACACGAGAGUAUGCUGAAGACGCACAAUGUAUUGAAGAUAUGGAAGAAGUAUAUGAACAGUUUGAUUAACAGCAAGAAGUUCAAAGAAGCUGCUAAAUUGUGUAGCAAAAUUUUAGGAGAUGAUCAAGCCCUGUGGGAAGAGGAAGUUUACAGAUUUGCAAAGUACAGACAACUCAAAGUUAUCACACCUCUUGUUCCUUUUAAGAAACCAAGAUUGAGUCAUACAAUUUAUGAAAUGAUAUUAAAUGAAUACUUGCAAACAGACAUCUCUGGUUUUCAGAAACUUAUCAAAGAAUGGCCAAGUGAUCUUUAUGAAAGUGCAACAAUUACCCGUGUCAUACAAGAGAAGCUCAAAGAGGAGCAAGAUGAAAGUAAUAACAAGAUUUUGCUCCAAACACUAGCAACUUUGUUUGCUCAUGAGAAGAAAUAUGCCCAAGGCCUUGCCAUUUACUUGAAGCUUAGAGAUCCUGGUGUGUUCGAUAUGAUUGAAAAGCAUAAUUUAGUUGAAUUUCUUAAAGACAAGAUUGUUAGCUUGAUGGAAAUAGAUGAAAAGAAAGCAGUAAAGUUGCUAACUGAUAACAUUGAAACAAUGAAUGUUGAGCAUGUUGUAAGACAGCUGCUUAAUCACAAGAAACUGCUGCACUCGUAUUUAAUUGCAUUGUUUUUGAAAGAUGCUCAAGCUGGACAAGACUUUCAUGAACUACAAGUUGAGCUCCUCGCUGAGUUUGACAGAUCCAAGCUGCUACCAUUUCUCAGAAGUAGCAACUACUAUGCUUUGGAAAAGGCUUUCAAGGUUUGUGAGGAAAGAGACUAUAUACCAGAAAUGGUUUUUUUGCUGAGUAGAAUGGGGAAUAGCAAAAAGGCACUAUCAAUGAUUAUUGAAAAGGAGCAAGACAUUGAGAAGGCUAUAGAAUUUACUAAGGAACAGAAAGAUGAUGUUUUGUGGCAAGAUUUGAUUAAUUAUUCAAUAGACAAACCUCUGUUUGUUAGAGAACUUCUAAUGAAUAUAGGCACUGCAAUCGAUCCUAUUAUCUUAAUUGGACGUAUUCCACCAGGUAUGAAAAUACCAGGCCUUCGAGAUGCACUUGUCAAAAUCUUGCAAGACUAUAAUCUUCAAGUGGCCUUACACGAAGGUUGCAAAAGUAUUCUGGAUAAAGACAGUGUCGCAAUAAUGCAAAGACUGGUUAGGGUACAAGCUCAUGGCUACAGCGUGUCAGAAGAUGCCAAAUGUGAGGGCUGCCAAGGAUAUGUUGUAGUUGAAAACAGUCAAGGAACUGCCGACAUUGUGGUGUUUUUCUGCAAACAUUUCUACCAUGAAAGAUGCUUGCAGCAAAAUGGAGAGGAACCAUUCUGUCCUAUUUGUACUGCUAAUGUAAAAAAGCGGAAAGGCACAAGAAGCACAAGGUAAAGUAAUUUGAUUUUGAAUUAAGAAAUGACCCUAUGACAUAUUUCAUUAAUCUGAUAUUCACAAGAGCCAAAAUAUAAGCAGUAUCAUAUUUUUGUUGGAUUAAUGUUUUCACCAAAUGGAUUUUGCUAUAGAAAACAACUAUUGUAAUUAAACUUAGCUACGAUUACACUUUUGAAAAAAUUGAAUUCUUUAUUAAAAUGAGGGAUUAACUUAUUGUUGAUAGUAUUGUUAGAAACAAGAAUGUAUAUUUGCUGCAUGUUUGAAUCUCUGCAGUUUAGUGUUCAGAUUUUAAGAGCUGAAAUAUUGUGUAUCAAUAUUGAUUUUCUCUUCUUUGUGUGUAUUUUGCUGUAGCAAAAACCAGACAACAAGGUUGUAAAAAGAUCCAUAGAAAGUCAAUCAGAUAAUUUUUGCUGUGUGUGGUACUCAAUGACACAAAAUUUUUGUGUGUGGAAUGGAUAUCUAUCUAGGCACUUUAACCAACUCCCAGACCAGAUUCCAAGACUACUUCCCAGAUUAAGAUCAACUUAAAAAUAUCAUCUUUUAGAGUAUAAAAUGUUUAUAUAGAACAAGCUUUGGUAGUAUGUUUUUCAAUGGUGCCAACAUUGCUCAAUUUUUCGCUUUUUGCAGAAUAUUUCAAAUGUAUAACUGUUGCAUUCAAGUGAAUUGGGAUGUAUUAAUUAUUUGUAAUUCAUAUUUACAGUUUUCUACUUGUUGCUAGUGUCAUUUGCUGUUGCUAACCGAAAUGUUUUUGUAAUCUUGUACUGAAGCAAACUUGAAAAUAUUUUUAUUUCUGGUUACCUCUCUGCUAGGGCAAGAGUAGAGAAAAAGUUUUUAGAUGGCUUAGUCUGGAAUGUCAAGUUAUUAUUAUCAAGUUUGCCCUGCAAUACCCAAGCUCUUUGUGAGAGACUGUGUUUAUAGACAUUUUUUAGGGAAGACUUCUUCAGUGCAGAUGUUACUAAACUACUUCUUGUUGAAUUUACUAAUGUAAGACUUUUAUUUGAUCAGAACUCAGUCUUUCUUGAACAACUUAAGUUAGACUUUGGUAAUUUUGA